UUCAAAAGAAAGCAAUGAAGCUUGAUUUUCGACAAAAACCUUUUACGGUUGGAUAUAAAAAUAGUCUUCCGUUUGUCAAUAUAAUUGAUCAUUCCGAUCCUUUAAUGCGAAAACAAUCCGCACAUGGUAUUGAACCGCGAUUAUUGUUCACAUUGGAAUCAUAUUUUAAUUUCACAAUUGAAUAUAAUGAUUAUAAUAAUAAAACAUGGAAUGGUCUUUAUACGGGCAUAGAACAAGGAGAAAUAGAUUUCGGGAUAGGUGGUACGAUGAUGACAAGUGAACGUAACGAAAAGUUUCAUUUUUUGUAUCCACAUUUUUUGGAACGAGUUACAUUUGCAAUACUACGACCACAUUCACAUGUGAAUAGAUCAUUACGUGAUAUGAUUGCUCCAUUCGAUAAUAUUGUUUGGAUCUGUUUGAUUUUACUAUUUGUUUCAAUAUUUUUACUCAAUCAUCUGUUUCGUUAUGAUUAUCGUAAACAACAAACGAAUCAUCAUCAUAAUCUUGUUUGGAUAUUUGUACAACAACUUCUACGACAACCCAAUCAUUAUUUUCGUUUAUUAAAUUUCUCGAUGAAAAUUACAACAAUUGUAUGCAUUUUUAUGAUAGGUAUUGUAUUAACAAAUGUCUAUAUUGGAAAUCUUUGUUCACGAUUAACAUUACCACCGAAUAUUGAUUUGGAUACAAUUGAAAAAUUUGCAGAAGAAUGUCGUACAAAUGAUAAGAUUAUAACAAUGGGUAUUGCACAUACUCAUAUGAAUGAAAUUAUACAAACAUCCGAAAUUGCAACAUUUCAUGCCGCAUCCAAACGAAUGAUCUAUGUCAAUAGUGUAAUGGAUGGAUAUGAAAAAAUUCUUAAUAUUAAUGAUAACGAAAAACAAUAUGCAAUGAUUGGACCACGUGAACGUCUUCAUUAUCGACAAUUACAAAUUAAUAAUGGAAAAUCUAUCUAUGUACCACCAAAUAAUGGUGAUUCACAUUUUUUUACCAUGUAUAUUGCUAUUCCAGUUCAUCGAACAUUUGUUGAUCGACAUACAUUUGAUACUUUGUAUGUGUUUUCUGAUUGUUUUUUUAAAACUCGAAUUUCUCAACAUUAUUUUCUCUUCUUUUGAUUAGUAUAUUAGGUUUAUCAUCAUA